CUCCACAGUCCACACACACAGAUUAACAGAAACCAAAAGUCCAAUAAAAACCAGCAUCAUUGUAUCACAAACACAGGCCCAAAAAAUUGGAUCAUAACCUGAACACUCGAUGAUCCCAACGGUCAAAAAAAUUUGACACCUCAGAAUUCAAAAAUCCAACAAAUCCCAUAUAAAUAAAUUUGCAACGGUCAUUUUUCUCAAUUGUAAUAACAUUUUCUGCAUUCACUAAAAAAACUCAGAAAGUUUCAAGAUCCUAGAAAGAGAAAGCUUCAAAAAAAUGGAGGAUCCUAAAAAGUUUCUUUCUCCAUCAUCACCCAAUUUCUCUCCUUCAGAAAACAAUGAAAAUUUGAGUGAAUUCAAACGAAAUUCAGAGCAAAGAAACAAGAAAUUAUUCAUGGAACCCACAAUUUCUACUGCUUCAAAGAAUAUGACUCCCAACAAGAAGAAGAUCUUAGCAGAGUGGAAACCGCCAAAAAAGGGUACAAUUCAUGAUUCUAAUCCUAGAAAAUCUGUUUCAAAAUCAUUUUCUGAAGAUGAAGAUGAAUCUUUAGUUCCUGAUUCUUCUGCUAAUUCUACUACUACAUUGCCAUAUGAUCCCCUCACCAAUUAUCUCUCUCCUCGGCCUAAAUUCCUCCGGUAUAACCCGAAUCGAAAGCGAAAAAUUGUGUUUCGGAAAGAACUCGAAAGCAGUAGCAGUAGCAGUAGCAGCAGCAGUAGUAGUACUGUUAUUGUUAGCCCCAAAAGAAAUUCUCUUGAUUCUGAGAGUUCUUGUAAUGUGGUUGAAACUGAGGAAAUUCUUGAUCAAGAAAUGGAGGAAGAAGUUGAAGAAAAAGAAAUGGGGUGGAAAUGGGCGUUAUUCAAUUGGGUUUUUGUGAUUUCUGGGUUAAUUUUCAGUAUCAUGUAUAUAUCUUCAAUGAAUAAUUCUGCUGCAAUUUACUCAGAAAAAAUUGAAUUUCAAGAGUUUGGGAAUUUAACUUCUGGGACUGUUGCAUUGAGGGAUUUAAGGAGUAUUAAUUCUGGUGGGUAUUGGGUGUCUGAAUUUGAUGCUGAAUCAGAAAUUUCAGGGGAUAUUUUGGGAAGAUUUGAGGAAAAUCAAGUACCCUUUAAACCCGAAGAGGAAAAUUUGAAUGUUGAGUUCAAUUCUGAGAUUGAUUAUUCAGAAAAAAUUGGGGUUUUUGAGGGUUUUCAUCAAAAUAUCAAGGAUUUUGAUGGUGUUUCGACUGAGAAAAAUGAAGAAAACGAACCCUUUAAACCUGAAGAGGAAAAUUUGGAUGUUGAGUUCACUUCUGAGUUUGAUAAUUCAGAAAAUUUUAGGGCUUUGAGAAGUUUUCCAAAAGUCAAGGAUUUUGUUGGUGUUUUUCCUGAGAAAAAUGUGGAAAAUGAAGACCACAAUGUUGCUCAAUCUAAAAAUGAAGUGGAAAAUCUGGUUUCUGAUGCAUCAAUUGUUGCUGUUCCUGAACCCAAAUUGGUUGAUUUGGAAGAGAAAAUUCAUGAUUUAGCAGAAAAGAAGGUAGAAAUUGUUGAUGAUAAUCAUGAAAUUGUUGAUGAUCAGAAUGAAAUGAAAAUCACCCAAAUGAAAUUCAUUUGGACGGUUGGAUUAGCUUGGUUGGUUGUGGUGGGUUUGACAGUGUUGGUGUGUUUUCGCAAGAAGAGUAAGAAGGCUUUUACUAAGGCUACUGCUUCAUAUAGGAUAAGAAAAUCUUCGGCUGUAAAUGAAGGAGAGAUCAUUUUUAGACCAGAAAGUCAGAUAAAUAAUUAUUUGACAGUUGGUGUUGAUGAGUCUAGGGUGGAGAGGAAGAAGAGUCCACCACCUAGAAGGAUUCCGGAGGUGAAGCAGCUCGGCGAAGUCGAAUUCGAAGGAGGAUUCAGUAGUAGGAUGCAGAAGAGGGAGGAAAGUGUGUUUGCUGUGACUGAUGAAAGAAGGCCAAAGAAGAGUAAGGUGUCUAGUUCUGCUUCAGAAUCUGCUAAGCAAGAGGUAAUGGAUGUCAAAGAGGAAGGGACAGGAACAGCAUUAAGGCGAUCCCAACGACUCCGGGCGGCUAAAGGAAUUGCGUCUCCAUGAAGCUGUAAACAACAUUUUGGUGGCUAUGUCCAACCUUAAGCAUAACCAGAAGCAGCAUAUUUCAGUGUUUUCCUGCUGAAAUUAACUAUAGAUGGUCUAAAUUCUCAACAUUUGCAAUUAGGACUUGUUCUUUUUAGACAGUUGGAAUCUGUACUAGAUUAUGAUCAUAUCUGAUAUACUUUUAUGUAGUAAAAGUGGAAUAAUUUUAGGACUAUUUUACAUUAUUCUUCUAUGAUAGUGACUAACCAAUGUCUGCCUUUUUUUUUAGAAAAAAAAAAAAAAUUGUGCAUUGGCCUAAUAAUCUUAUCCUUGUGUUUUUUUUUUAUUACGUAUAACUUUUUUUUUUUCCCAAUCUUUUGGACCACAUCAAAAGUUGCUUUAAAAUUGGCUUUUUGUUGUAGAUAAUGUUAAUGUCAACGGUGGUGCAAAUUUCACUGAUAAAAACUGUUAAGAAGAGUUGGGAUGAAUUGGAAUCCAUUUUCCAAAAAAAGAAGAAGAAGAAGAAAGGUAGCCUUUAAU